AUAAAAGUCGUCUCUUUUCUUUACCCCUUCCACUGCAUCCCACUGCACUCCAACUCCACUCCUCCGCAAAUUACUCCUUCCUCCCCUCUAUUUACGCCUUCUCCUUCAUACCUUUCCUUUCCGUCUUUUACUUCAUCUUCCUUUAACGUCCUUACUUCAGCAACUCCACUCACUCAGUCCACAAAUUAAUAUGUCUUUUGUUCGUCUUGUCCAGCGCAACCCGGUCAGCCUAUUGCGCAGCCUGCCUCGGUGCCAACCCAGGACCCUUCCCGCCACCCGUUUUAUAGUCUCCCCUGCUGCUGCCGCCUUCCACACAACCGCAAAGCGACUGCAGAGCACAGAAACGCAGGUCCUGAUCACCCCUUCAACAGAGUCACUUGGAUUCGAGGUCUCAGGUGUCAAGGAUGCAAACAGUCGUCCCAUUUACAUGGAUAUGCAGGCCACUUCACCCACGGAUCCCCGCGUGUUGGAUGCAAUGCUGCCAUACAUGACCGAGCUCUACGGAAACCCACACUCGAGAACACACUCUUACGGCUGGGAGACCGAAAAGGGCGUGGACCAGGCUCGUGAGGACAUUGCCAAGCUAAUUGGCGCUGACUCCAAGGAGAUUGUGUUUACAUCGGGUGCCACAGAGUCCAAUAACCUCAGCAUCAAAGGAGUCGCUCGCUUCUACAAAGGAAAAAAGAACCAUAUCAUCACCACUCAGACUGAGCACAAAUGCGUGUUGGACUCUUGCCGUGUCUUGAGCGAUGAGGGAUUUGAUGUGACCUAUCUGCCUGUCGGGAAGAACGGGCUGAUCUCCAUGGAUGAUCUCAAGGCGGCUAUCCGUCCGGACACAGCACUGGUUUCGGUCAUGGCUGUCAAUAAUGAAAUCGGAGUCAUUCAGCCUUUGGAGGAGAUUGGAAAGCUCUGCCGCUCUAAAAAGAUUUUCUUCCACACGGAUGCCGCCCAGGCUGUCGGCAAGAUCGCCAUCGAUGUCAACAAAAUGAACAUUGAUCUCCUGAGCAUCAGCGGACACAAGAUCUACGGACCCAAGGGAGUCGGUGCCCUCUAUGUCCGCCGCAGGCCAAGAGUCCGUCUCGUUCCCCUGCUGACUGGAGGUGGACAAGAACGUGGUCUCCGCAGCGGCACUGUGCCCGCACCUCUGGCGGUCGGACUUGGCGAGGCCUGUAGAAUUGCCACUGAGGAAAUGGCUUAUGACCAUGAGCGCGUCAAACGCCUGUCAGAGCGCCUGAUUACUGGCAUCCAGUCCCAAGUCAGCCAUGUGUACAGAAAUGGAGACGAAAUUCAAAGCUAUCCUGGCUGCGUGAACCUGUCGUUUGCUUACGUCGAGGGAGAGUCCCUCCUUAUGGCCCUGAAGGACAUUGCUCUGUCAUCCGGAUCCGCUUGCACCUCUGCAUCACUGGAACCCUCGUAUGUGCUCCGUGCGCUGGGAGCCGAGGAUGAUAUGGCUCACAGCUCGAUUCGAUUCGGAAUCGGUCGUUUCACGACAGAGGAGGAGAUCGACUUUGUCAUCUCGCGCGUUGUAGCCCACGUUGAUAAGCUGAGGGAGAUGAGUCCGCUCUGGGAGAUGGUGCAGGAGGGCAUUGACAUCUCUAAAAUUGAAUGGGCCCAGCAUGCCUAAACCAUCAAGGCCCCACCUUUUUUUUUUUAGUUCCGCUGCAUUUGAAAGUUUUUCAUAUUAUGUAAAGAAAUUAAAUAUGAGUGUAUACAUUUGAGUUGACCUGAGUUGCCCGAUCAACUUGCCAGCCUUUAUGCUAAUAAAAAAGAAAAAAAG